AUGAAAAGUACCAACAUCAACGCCAAUACCAACACCAACACCAACACCAACACCAACACCAACACCAACACCAACCCCAACACCAACGUCAACGUCAACAUCUGCUCGACUCGACGCAACUCCAACCCAAACCCAAACAAACAUACCAUCGCCGUCCCAUCCCAUCCUAUCCCAUCCCAUCCCAUCCCAUCCCAUCCCAUCUUCUACCUACCAGCAAUCUCGGCCGAGCGCCCUCCGUUCUUCUCAUGUCUCGCCGGACUCAACACUAACCUGUUACUACCUCGUCCUAGCACUGCAACACAGGUCCAUCUUCUCCCAUCUGGACCUGGACUGGCUCCUACUCGCGUGCCGGUUAGACCUCCUAGUCUCAAGCAAGCUCCUCGUCGGCUCAAACAGACAGACACGACAGUCGCGAUGGACGACAAGGCCACAUCCAUACCGGUAUCCGGCUCUGCCAUCCAGGAGAUCAAGGAGACCACCGAGCCCGUCGCCUUUGACACUUCUCCCCUCGCCGCGGCAAACGGCGAUCAAAUAACAGUAUCCAAACCACCACCACCACCACUACCUCCACCACCCAGACCUCUUCGUGAAUCAUCAACAUCCUCACUCCCACCACCACCACCAUCACCACCACCACCAUCAGCAAAGAAGCUACCGGUCAAACGGGUCACGUCCGCAGCAAACUCUCCAAACCCAUCGAGGGAGUCAUCUCCGGUACGACCACUACUUAAGUCAACCAACCGCUCUGCCCCGGGUCCUGGUCGAUCAAGGAAGAACAGUAUACAAGAUCUUAGCCCAGCACGUUCCGCCAGCUCAAGCACGAAUCCACCGUCUGCGGCUGCUACACAAAGAGCCUUAUGUGUGGCAUCUACCCCAGUACUACAUCCCGUAUCCUCGGACCCGACGAUUAGAGCACCAAUACCCCAGAGACCCUUAUUAAACUCCGACGUAAAAGAAAAACCUCGCUGGCCGACAUCGCCUAGACUACGCACUCCUCCGCCUCUCAACAAGCCGAGCAUCUCUGCGCCUCGCAAAUUCGACCAAGAUCCGCCCUUGAUCAAUGCUCAGCGUUCCACACCCGUCGCGGAACAACAGGACGCAAAGCAGGUCACAACGGAUAGCGAGACGGAAGAUUCGUUAUUGAUAUCGGGUAUGAGAACACCAGCACGAGGAGUCAGUGGGGCUAGUUCUACACUGGAGACCGUGCAAGAGAUUAGCCAACCCAAUACCCCCGGCCUGGAAUUUGGCACCAUAUUGGAGAAAGUGGAUACAGCAAACUCGACAACCACGGACAAUGGCACCUCUCCGGACAAUUCGUCGACAAAGACCAUUAGGCCGAAGCCGAGUAUCAUUGCCAACGAGAGUGGGAGUGAAAGUGGUGGGAGGGGGGACAUUAAGAUGAGGUCAACCUCGGCCGCACCACCAGCUGCUGCACGUCCCAAUGGACCAGCUACGAAGACGUUCACUGGUGUGGGAAGGGGAAAACCUUCGGGCGAAGGCUCAGCGAGGAACAUGACGGUUGAAACGGAGACCGUCAGCUCCAUUCCACAAGUCGCAGUUGGAGGACCGGUAGGCGCAGGAAACAAUGGAAGUAUUCGUACCAAACCGAGUUCCGAGACGAUACGACCGAAGAAAGAGAAGAAGAAGACUGCUCGCAAGGCGCCCUCAGUCAACUCAGGCAUUGGUGAGCAACAACAUUUAUCUAGGUCCAGAUUCCGUCAACACCAUCACCACUCCACUCGGGGCGGUGUUGGGGAUUGCUUCCUUGCUCGUUCUCAAUCCCCCGUAAAGCUUGACGGUCAAGGCCCGUACUCUCCUACGAACAGUAGCGGCCCGACCAGUCCUACUCGUUCAGUGUCACAGGCAUCUCGCAGGCCGAGUCUGAAUCUUCAAGGUGUAAGUACUAUGCUAACGAGAAGUCGCCCAGCCUCUUCAAAAGCAGAUAUCUUCGAAGCCAAGGUUGCCAGCGCGGUCGACGAGGCCAACUCGUCAGACUCAGAAGAGACUUUUGUGUAUGAGUCGAACCCACCAGAUAUCAGUGAUCGCCCCCGGCGCUUUCACUCGCGCACUCCCAGCGCCACGUCGAUGGCAAGUCAAGUUGACCAGAGGCGCACCAUCAUGGAUGGUCACCACAGUGUGGCGAUGAAGAAGAGCAUGAAGUUUGCCAACAGUUACAACAGUAACGGUAAUAGUCAGCAAGAGGUGGCCCCAGGAGAAGAUGACGGGAGCGGCACAGCUCGGAGUAACAUGGGAACAGGCAGAGGAACGACACAUCAUCAUCAUAUUGGUGGUCGGUGGGGUCGCGGGGGCGGCAAUGGCCACGCGUCUCUGUUUGAUAACGAAUCUCCUUUUCCCAAUGCUGCGAAGUCGAAAGCUGGGAACACUACCGCUCGACUGUCCUCGCGGCCUGAGAGCCCUAGGCUGACCAGUAUGAGGACGGCACCUAACGGGAGGAAGUCUCCCCAGCUGUCGUCAGGCUACGAUCUUGAUGACGGGGCGGACGAUGAACGAACGCCACUCGUCUCGACAGUUCGUUCUAGUAGGUCUGCUCGAACUCGACGCCCAGCGCCUUCCAUGCGACAAAUGGAACAUCAAUCGUCGCGGGAAGAACGUUCAUUUUUUGCUAGAUUUGCCGGGUGUCUGGUUCUGACUAUUAUGAUCAGUCUGGUCAUGUCGGGCGCUGUAGGCUUCAUGUUCGCUACGACUCAACCGCUGACUGAUGUCAAGAUUCUGGCACUGAAGAACAUCAUCGCAAGUGAGCAAGACGUCAUCCUCGACAUGAAAGUGCAAGCGCGGAACCCGAACUUGGUCGUCGUGACCAUAGAUACGGCAGACCUGGUCGUCUUCGCCAAGUCAUCGUAUGCCGGCACAGACCAGCAGUGGUGGAAGCGUCCUCUGGAAACGGAUUUUCUUCGGCGAGUUCUGCGAAAACGGGACGACGAUCCUUUUGAUCCGCCCCUUGAUGAUCCUGGCACCGAACCGAACCUGGAAAUUGGCCAUGUAGGCGGUCUCUACAGUCCCUUGACUUUUGAGGGAUCGCCCUUCCGGGCCCAGGCCUCGACAUCACUAGGACAACUUCGCAUUAUCAACCCCGGCAACGAGACAAUACCUGCUGGUAGCAAGCGGUGGGGAAGAAUAGUCCAACACGAGUUCGAUCUCAUUGUACAAGGCACGCUGAAGUACACACUCCCACUCAGCCCUAGGCUUCGAAGUGUCAGUGUCAAGAGUCGGGUCAGAGUCAAGCCAAACGCUGCAGACCAGGACCCGGAAGAAGUCCACACAUUGUACUAA